AUGGGCCAAAAUAGUAUAUCGUUGAAAAGAGGAGAGGAUUUUUUUAAUGCUGAAUACCAUUCACGCUUAAGUCAGAGCCUGAAUACUGGUGAAGACGUUUUGGUCGCACCAGAUUGCAAUAUUAAAAAUCAGGUACAUUUUAAUUUAUAUAUCAAUGAAAAGAAAAUUACGGUUAACAACUUUAGCAAUUUAAUUGAAUCCAUAGGGAGUGUUAUUGCAUCAUCGAAAUAUUGGGAGGAUUACGAAUAUUCGACAAAUUUGUUCAUCAACAAUGAAUCUAGUUUUAUGGUUAACUUGAAUUGUAAUAUCUUUAAUCCAAUAAAAAACCAACUUACGAAAAAUGAAAAUACGUCCAUGUAUGAAUCCCUUAUCGUAAAUUUCAAGUAUCUGACAACAGCUGCAAAAUUGGACAUUACUCAAUUUCUUGAGACGUUAAACUAUCUGUUGGUCUCAGUAUUUAUAAACUUAGAAUAUGAGUUUCCUUUUGUAUUCUCUUAUUACGGGAGGAAGCUUUUUAAGACUAACUAUAAUUGGAUUGCAAGAAGUAUCGAUGAAGUAACUGAUUUUAAGAUAUCACAUUCUAGCAAAACAUCGCUUUCGUCCUUCAAGAAGCAUAAGGAAAUAUUAAGUAAAGAUGAGCUUGCUCUAAAAAUAAUACUUGACCUUCAGCAGAAAGCACUCUGUGAGUUCAAUACCAUUAACAUUUGGAAAGAGUGUGAUCUCUCUAAAAUGAAAAUCGAUACUUGUAAGCGCUUGAAAAAAAAAAGAGAGGAGUUAGGAAAUUCAUCAACAGAAAACUCUAGUAUAAAGUCAAUGGUUUUCAAUUUUCGGUUUUUAGAUGUACGCUCAGUUGAAGCAAUGUUGCUAUCUGAGGAUUGA